UGUACAAGACCAACAUAGAUGAUAAAGUCAUGUUUGGACUGUGCGACUUUUCGACGUUAUGAAAGACUUAGUUUUGCCUUUUUUGUUUUUCAUUACGAGAAGGUAGGAAAAGAUAUCAAGAAUAAAGUGAUUUGAGUGGAGAAGAAAACAAUACUAUUUUCUUUGUUGCGUUUUUCAAGGACAAAAAGCAAAUAAUAGACUAUUCCCAAACUGCAUUUAAUAAUACAUAUUAAAGCAGUGAAAUAUUUAUUAUUAGUUCAAGGGAAUUCAAGCAGCUAGAUCUUUUGUACGGAAUUUUCGGAUAUUCAACUUUUGGGUUUUUAACCCCGUCCGAAUUUUUUUUUUUUUUUUUUUUUUUUUUUUUUUUAGUGCAACGAAUUGUUUUGAAAGCAAGAAAAGUAAACUUUAAUGAUAGCGCACAAAAAUUUUCAAGAGUGUUCUACCACAAUGCCCACUGGCAGUUACAUGAAUUCGUCUACCAUGCCUGUUUCCAUGAAUUAUUCGACUCAGGCAUUUACCACUGGUUUCUUGUCUCAUCAAGCAAUGGGGGCUGUUGCACCCUCUUGCAUGUCACAACCUAUACCUCCCAUGGGCAGCAUAACGCCUUUGAAUCAAACCAAUAUGAACUGCAUUAAUGUUCAACAAUUCGGAAACGUAGAUUACAACAACAGUAUACCAGCCGAAGAAGAUGCAGUCGUACAGAUGGUAAGGAAUGAUAAGUUUCGCCGUACGUAUCCACAUUCUAAACCUCCUUACUCCUAUAUAUCUCUCAUCACCAUGGCCAUCUCGAGCAGCACCUCUAAGAUGCUGACACUGAGUGAGAUUUAUCAGUUCAUCAUGGACAGGUUUCCUUAUUAUAGACAAAAUCAGCAGAGAUGGCAAAAUUCUAUUCGCCACAGUCUUAGCUUCAACGACUGCUUUGUCAAGGUGGCUCGAACACCUGACAAACCAGGAAAGGGCAGCUUCUGGGCCCUCCAUCCAGAUUCCGGCAACAUGUUCGAGAAUGGUUGCUUCCUGAGGCGGCAAAAGCGAUUCAAGUGUAGUAAGAAAGAAGCACUUCGCCAGACUCAGAAAGACCAAAAGAGUUCAGGUGACCUUUCUCAAGUAAAAAGCUCACCAGACACCCAUAUCUCUCCCUCCAAAAUGGACAAGCAACUUUCAGCUAAAGUAGAUGUCCUUUCAUCCCCAUUAACGUCAUCCAACCAUCUUCAAAUUCAUACUCCGAACGAUUCUCAUCAACAGUUGUGCCAUUCCUCUUCAAACAAUAUUGCCAGCAUAGCAGACAACCAAAGGAAUCGUUUGGAUUGUUGCAAGCAGGAAGAACUUCUGUACCCAUCCUUUAGGUAUUCUGACUCUUGUAUCAUGUCCAGCGCCCCUUUCGAUUCCACCAGUCACCAAGACAUCCUGAGAACAUUCAGUGAUGCUUUUUCUUAUCCCUCCAUGAAGACCGAUGUCGGUUUCAACGUCAGCAAUCUUCCCUUUUCCAUUAACAAUAUAAUAUCUCAUUCUGAUACCAAAAUGGACAUGAAACCGUAUGAUAUACCAGCUCCUCCUUACAACAGUUACAGUUCAAAUUUACCUACAAGUGAGACUAUGUCCUAUCUCCACCCUCCAUCCUUCUAUAGUAUGCCACAACCCAUGACAUCAACGAUGUGAAUUUUUACAUUAUUUUUCAGUACGACAACUUAGUUUUCUGCUCUUAUAUGCUCUGAUUGUCAGCAGCGCUAAAAGUUUAUCUACUAUUGAAUUUAUUAGACUGUGUGAAAGAUACUAAAGCUUAUUUCAAAUCCUUCAUCAUUAUGAAUGCUCGAAACUGGUAGUAAUAUUUAUAUGUGCUGUUUGAAAAUACUAAUGUGAACUUUCUUUGAGCUACAUUAGUGGACACGUUUUAAGAAAGACUGUUAAAUACAGAUUUUUUAAAGAAUAUUUUAUUAAAGACAACAUUUCUGCUCUACCGUUUUCGUGAAUCGGGUUCUGAGAGGUAAACUGUUAAUAACAUCUGUGAUACACUUGUUUCGUACUGUGGUAUCUGUGAUAGACUGCUGUAAAACUGGACUUGUACACUAAGCUGUAUUUUAUGUAAAUAUUCCAAGCAUGUAUUGAUUGUUGGACAUUCAAAUGAGGUGAAGUAAGUAAUAUGGAUGAAAUAAGUAAUUAAUAACUUUCCUUGGAAAGUUUGGAAAACAAUUUGUGUAUCUGUAAAUAUUUAUUAAUUGUUUGCUUCGUCAUUUUAAACCCAUUUUAAAAGACAAAAUCUUUUCCUCCCCUUUUAAUGAAUGAUAAAUAUUGCUUUCUGUUUUAAAAUGUCAAUCAAAAUCAUAUUGCUUUUACAUGCAAAAAAUAUCUAAAGAUUACUAAAAGAGGU